AUGACGGAUGAGGUUGUCGUUCCGCGAUGGCAGCCGGACGACGAGCUUUCGGCAUGCUCUAUAUGCGGUAACGCUUUUACCUUUCUCAACCGAAGACAUCACUGUAGAAGAUGUGGAAGACUCGUCUGUGGACCUUGUUCGCCUCACCGCAUCACCAUACCGCGCCAGUACAUCGUACAUGCUCCAGAGGAUGAGCCCUUGAAGCCCGACGGCAGCACCAGAAGCAGAAGCAGUACAGGUCCCUCUGACUACUCUGAAAACCCAGCCUUGGGUGGCGGCGAAACUGUCCGAGUCUGUAACCCUUGUGUACCUGAUCCGAACUAUGGCCCUCCACCUCAGCAACAGGACGAACCGAGAUCACCGCCACCUUCGACACGGUCACGUGCGCAGACUUUUGCAGUAGACGAAGGCACAACAUCAGGCAUAAGUUUUGCCAGAAUGUUUGGCUCGUUGAACAUAUCGGAUCUAGGUCAAACCACGUGUCAGUCGGCGCCUCACAAUGCUCGAACGCUGAGCGAUUUCACUGGCACCCCACCCCAAUCAACAGAGAGGCGGGGGUCUUAUCGACCGCAGUUACAUACAGCGAGGUACCAGGCUCUGAAUAGACUUCGUACCCGUUCGGACAAUGACACGGCACAUUCAUCACGAUCACGAUACCGCUCUACAUCGUAUACACCCUCAACGGUCGCAGCCGCACAGGCCGUAAAGGUUGAAAUGCAGCGACCGCAAGGUCGAGAGGUGUUGAGCGAGGAAGAUGAAUGUCCCGUCUGCGGUACCAGGAACCAUCCAUUUGGCACAGAUGGCACCAGUGGCACGAGCGAGGAACGCGAGCAACACGUUCAGUUUUGCAUCUCAAGCCACCUAGCAGGGCCUAGUCAUUUAGAGACACCAGCAGAGACAGCAGAUCAGACGGGAUCGGAAGAGACAGAAUCCAUGGCUGCUGGGAGUGUACCGCAACGUGCGGCAUCAAUGCUGGGGGCAAAUGCGGCAAGGCAUCGCAUGCUGGUCUAUCACGCGACCGAGAAGGACUGCUUUGACGAAGAAGGUCAGGCCCAAGAAUGCGUCAUCUGCUUUGAGGAGUUUGAGGAAGGAGUGGAAAUGGGCAGGCUGGAGUGCCUGUGCAAGUUCCAUCGAGCGUGCAUCAGAGGAUGGAUGGAAACACGAGGUCGAGGCACGUGUCCAACACAUCAAUUACAUGAUUGA